AUGUCGGCCUGUCUCGACAGCAGCAGCAACGAAAACGUCGACCUAGUCCCCUGCGAUCCCACCGGCCGGUUCAAAUCAUGCUGUUUAAGAGGAGACUCCUGUGCGAGCAACGGCCUCUGUGUGACGAGUGAUGAGUACGGUGUUGCUCACUACUUUAUCAAAGGAUGCCUGGUAGAGGAUUGGGAUGACCCAUCUUGUCCAACACAAUGCUUCAACGCCAGCGGGAACGGCGUCAUAGCGUGUGGAAAGGGCCAGUUUUGCUGCUUCGGUUCCAAAGGCUGCAACUGCAAAGAAGAUGAAAUCUUUGACAUGGAGCCCGUCCGUAUCUUUACGAGUAUCCCUCUUGAAACAGCACCAUCAAUCGCCAUCGCCAUCACGACCAUCAGCUACGAAGUCUUCUCCCCCGCCGACACAUCACUUACCCCAUGCACCUCUACUACCGACGCCCCUAUUCCCGAGCCCCCUGAAGACAACAGCAAUUUAGAUUUACCGGUUGGCCUUGGUGUAGGGAUCGGUACUGCAAUCGCCCUUUUUACCCUGGGGACUGGUCUCUUCUUUUUCAUCCUGAAACGAGCAACCAAGUUGGAGGGAAUGUCAUCCAAGAACUCUUCACAGCAAUCAUUCAUGUCAUACGAUGAUGAUGAAAAGCACCUACUACCGACCGUACCUGUGGAGCUACACUGCAAGCCAGUAAGGGCCGAGUUGCCUUGAGUGGGUAAAGGGGUCGCCGUCUGUGUUCCUUAUGAAUGUUUUGAAUGUCUGGGUACAACAUUCAUGUGUUUGACUUUACAUCUUUUAAUUCAACGUCACUCGUUUACCUCAUAUAGUCUAUCCAUGCAUAGGUUCAGUCUUCUUUG